CAAAUAGGACAUACAUAUAUGACUCUUCCGUUGCUCAUUUACAAGUCUCAGUUACAAACCUGAGAGCAGAAUACACACACACUCACACACUCAAACACACACACACACUUGCUCUCUGUAGAAAGGACUGGCGUUCUUCAGCGUUAAACAAUUUUAGUUUAUUCAGACUCUAGGUCAUCUAUUUACACCCAGGCUCUUUAAAUAAUCUUUAAACAUGUCGAUUCCAAGUGUCAGUAAGAGCACGGCUCAAAACCGGGCACUCAUUGUCUCGGUGGAGAGAUACAGCGCAUGCGCAGACUUCGAUAAGCGGAGAGGAGUGCGACGGGACACGAAGCGGCUGCACGCGGCUCUCAAACGGAGAGGCUUCGAAGUGACAUUCCUGGACGACCUGGAAGCGCACGAGAUCAUCGAGGCAUUUAAAGCAGAGAGUGAGCAGCUAGUGCACAGCUGCUUUGUUGGUGUGAUAUCGAGUCAUGGAGAGAACGGAGUCAUAUUCGGAUCAGACGGACGCCCUGUAAGAUUGGGAGAUAUAUACUCACAAUUUGGAGGACCAGUGAUGGCUGGAAAAAACAAACUGUUCCUGGUUCAGGCUUGCCGAGGCAGCGAGUUGGACGAUGGUGUUGAGACUGAUGCAGUCUGCGUAGACUCAUCUACAGAUGAUGGUGUAUAUGAAUGUCAGUCAAUUCCUGACCAAAUGGUGGUUGCUUAUGCCACAGCUCCAGGCUACAGCGCUUUCAUGCAUCCAACCGGCUCGGUGUUUCUGCAGACGUUCUGUGAUCUGGUGGAGGAGUGUGAAGGGUGGGAGAUCACCCGGUUUCUGACUCAGCUAAAUCGGCGUAUAGCCUUUGAGUUUGAGGCGAGAGGAAAAGUGCUGCAGGGCAAAAAGGAAAUGCCGUGUUUCAUCAGCCGCCUCACCUCUGACUUUUACCCCUUCACUAACACACUCAGAGUUUCGGCUACGGAGCUGCUCCGGGACACACAUACUGCUCGCAAAAACUCUAUGAGCUGAACCUGAGAUUAACUCUGAUUUAUAUUGUUCAGGAGGUCUUUAUGACUUCAGGCUGGUGCUGUACGGUGAAAAUGAAACGAUUUAAUGCUGGUUACUAUUACUACAGGGACACCAGUAUGGUGAAUUAUAUAUAGGGUGCGGCGUUAGACAGAAGAUUGAUUUGUGUCUUAAAACCUGUAUGAGCCUAGGACUGGUGGGAUAGAAUAUUUGCACAUAUUUAACAAAAGGGAGAAAAUGUUAAUGAUACUUGAAUGAAUAUAUAAAUAUGUGAUAUUUCAGUACAAACCUUACUUAAGAAUCUUAAAGUUUUGGGAGAAUUGUUAUGUUUUGUAUUGUUCUUGAUGUAAAGUCGUAUUUUGUCAAUAGAAUAAACUGUCACUGUCACUCACAUGCACAAAAUCACUCCCUCAUUUCACUUUCCCAUGACCAGAAAUGUUCAUUUUUAAAUUGUC